AUGGGCGAGACUGGGCCCUUCCAAGAGACAGGAAACGCCAAUGAGAAGCCCGACAAACGAAGAAGACCCGGUUGCAAGUCUAGUGCUGGUCUGGCCAGCACUGCCUAUGCUCCCGCUUGGCAGUCCAGCUCGGCUCUGCGCUGCACUCCUGGUCCAGUCUCUGCUCUCGCCUGGCUGACGUGUGUCAAAUCCGACUCCACUGUAUCCACGGAUCCACUUGAAGAUCAGGCUGGUGGUCUCUUCCUCCGUCGCACCGUCGGUCGGGCAUGGAGGCUCGCUACUUUGUGGAAGAGACGCGCGAGAGACCACUGCGGCGUUGUCGGCUGCUCUGGAAUAGCGUCAACGAUCCAGUCCGCAUGA